GAAGAAUUGUAUCGAUACGGUUUCGUGAGAAUCGUGGCAAAGGAUUCGCUGUUCUUCGCCUUGGCCAACGACGUGCAAGACGCGUCAAGACGGCCUUUCCUUUCUUUUAUUCUUCACUGGAUAAUACGCGUCUUUCUCGCUUUCUCCUACAAUGCCACCCAUCCGGAGCAAUGACCAUUCCGAUAUCCCCAUUAUUUCAUCUGACGAUGAAGAAAGUACACUCGUUCCGAGUACCCAAGCAUCAACUCCGGGGCUCUUUGUGAAUUCGGCUUUAUCGCCACUGACUGAAAUAGAGGACGACGACGAUGACAGUGCCUCCCAGUUGCCCGUAAAACAGGCUCGUUUCUCCCGGUCGUCGCGCAAAUUCUACCGCGAAUCUUUACCAGCUCCUAUUCGCGCUCGUCGCAAGCCAUCAAUGAGCGAUCCAUCAUCACCGCAGUCCGAAACCAUCACCGUCAACGGCCAUGUGUUAACGCCUACAAUUGUUUUUGACACGUUCUGGCGCUGGUGUGCCGAGCGUAAAUCCAUUGAUGACCGCCGUCGAGCUGGAGAGCCUUUUCCCUGGACACAGGAUGAGAUCAUGCAGACCAAAUUCUUUUGCAACACGUAUCGAGUGCUGGAUAAGACAUCUCAAUACAUCAUUACCCAAGUGAUACAGAAAGGUUCACAGGAACCUGUUGAAAUUGUAUUCCGAGUUGUCUUAUUCAAUAUUUUCACCAAGAUAGAAACAUGGCAGUGGUUGGAGAAAAGACUCGGCUCAAUAACCUGGAAAGACUACAAUCAAGAGAGUUAUAUGAAUGUUUUGGAGGAAAGAGCCCAAACGCACACCUUGUACACUGGCGCCUUUCAGUCCCCCGGUCCAAAGUGGGAUUACCCGGAGACAUAUAAGAAUCAUCUUCUCCUCCUCGAAACGCUCAUGGAUAACGAUUUUGCAGGGAAACUGCAAAAGUUCAAGAGCAUGGAAAAAGCCUACGCAUUCAUUGCGUCGUUCCCUAGUAUGGGAGAUUUCAAAUCCUAUCAGCUCUUGCUCAACCUCUCUUACUCUUCCGUCAUCAAUUUCUCUGGUAAUGAUUUUGUCGUUCCCGGAAUUGGCGCCGUCUCUGGCCUCGGAAAGAUGUUCGGUAAGAGCAUUGAGAACGCAGCCAAGGUCGACCCAAAUAUACGUAUCGCUGUCAUCAGAUAUAUGAUGGAGACGCAACAACAACACUUUCGCAGGCUCGGUCUACAGCUUUCAGGUCUUGGUCCCAAUCGCUUGCCGAUGGAGCUGGCUGAUAUCGAGCAUGCGAUUUGCGAGGUAGACAAGUAUGCGCGGAAAGCGCAUCCUUGGAUUGUCGAUAAUAAGAAUGGGAGGUCAGAGCUCAGGAGAAAGUGGACACCUUCAAGUGAGCCAUAUCCUGCGACUCCCGUGCUUCCGCAAGCCUGGUCGCAUGCCCGGCGUAAUAUCACGAGACGCUGUAAUAGAAUGCCUUCCGUUCAGAAACGGUGGGCAGUGGAAAAGAUCGUGACACAUCGUGUUGUCAGAGGCCGAAUAGAGUGCAAUGUUCACUGGUACGGAUACUCUGCAAAGGAUGAUACUUGGGAGCCAGUCGAGACUUUGUUCGAGGAUAUUCCCGAGGUCGUCGAUGAUUACUGGAAAAAGUACUUUGGUAAGAGCUACUCAGUAGCCUGACAUACAGGAAAAUACUGUUGGCUUGCCGUACGUUUAAAUGCUUCGUCACGACUUUCAUUGUUAUUUCUUUGCUGCGCGAUUUCUGAUUUCAUUCUAACAUUGCUGCUACUCUACAACGCCUAUAAUCUUUUCGUUCUAUACUUAUAUUCGAUAAUCGUGGUACUACCCGUUUCGUCUUAAUAUAUACAUCUUGUUUACUUAUUCUACUAACUACUUGCAUAACAUAA